GGUUUUGAAUAAGAAAGUGUCUUCAGCUUAACUUUGUGAGACGACUACAGCUCCCAUGAGUCUUUGCCAAAGACGGCGUCCGAAGACCUCGUCAGGGCUGUAGUUUGUUUUAACGCUCACACGGUAAUUAUUAUUUUUAUCUCUUGAUUUACGCGUUGCUAUGAACUAUACUGUAGACCACAUCAACUCAAAUCGAUUACAAACUCACUGAGCUUUAAGGAAAUAUAUCGAAGAACGUUUCUUUGCUAGCUAGCCUCCUUCCCGUUGGCCUCGGCCGGUUACGGCAGCGGGGGGGGAGAAAGUGGAGGAUGGUCUUUUCGACGGUAAUUGUCGGCGGCCAUGACAGCGGGGGACCCGCCGACGUGCCGCGUGACGCCGCGACGUAACCAACGGUCCUAAUGGGGCGGGGCUUGUAAACAAGAAAAUCUAAAUAAAGGGUCGUGCAGAAAUUUACUCCAAAGUAGCUCACUUUUUCUCCACUAGUAAGAGGUUAAGCUCGUGUGAUGCCGAUACGCCGAGUAGCAGCGACUCCUGCCCCGGAGAAGGCCCCCUCUGCUGCGGCCGAGAAAGAGCCUCAGGCGUCCUCGGCGGAGUCGCCAGCAGCAGCAGCAGCAGCAGCCGGCGCCGCCGAAGAGGAACCGGCGGCACAGUCGGCCGUCCCGAAGGAGGCGGAGCCCACGGAGAACGGGGAGAAAGCCGACGCGCCCGCCGAGGAGAAGGCGGAAGAAAAGCCGGAUAAGAAAGAGGACAAAUGCAGGGACUGCGCGGCCGGACAGUGUGCAACACACUGCUAUGUUCUCCUACUAAGGUUGAAAGACGGCUACAAGUCCGCGAAAGCCAAAGGCAAGAAGGUGAAGAGGACGAUUCCCGCGUGGGCGACACUCGCUGCUGGCAAAAGGCUUCCCGUCGCCACCUUCGCAGGCAACAACCGAGUGGACAGCGUUCUCAUCGAAGCCAUCACGUCUUCAAAUGACAAGUCGGGAGUUUCAUACCAAGGCUUCAUGAAAUACAUUCAGAAGAAAUACCCGGAGAUGGAGCUCGACAACAAGAAGUUUCUCAUCAAGAAAGCAAUGAAGAAACAUUUGGAGAAGGGAACCAUCAAACAGCUCACGGGGAAAGGCCUUUCGGGAACCUUCGCCAUCGGGAAGAUCUCCGCCUCCCCGAAGAAAGCAGCCGUGAAUGUCGAGGCUCUGGGAGACGCUCUUCCUCUCAUCAUCACUCGGCUCUGUGAGCCCAAAGAGGCCUCCUACUGCCUGAUCAAGAAAUACCUGGAGCAGCACUUCCCCAACUUAAACAUCCAAAACCGGCCGGAUAUACUCAAGUCGGCCCUGGUGAAGGCCGUGGAGAAAGGACAUCUGGAGCAAAUCACCGGGAAAGGAGCUAACGGCACAUUCCAGCUGAAGCGCGCCGGUAAUCAGGUCCUGCUGAAGGGCAGCAGCUUGGAGGACGCCAUCACAGCCGCCAUCACGGCCAUGAACGAACCCAAAACCUGCAGCACCACCACUCUGCGCAAAUACCUAGUGGACGCCAACAAGGACACAAAGGAGUACAGAUUAGUGGCCAGUCUGAGGAGGACCCUGACCAAGUGCAAAGUGCUCGGCUGGAUGGAGCAGAUCACCGGUCACGGCUUCACAGGAACCUACCAGCUCUCGUUCCCCUUCUACCCGAGCCCCACCAUCCUGUACCCAGACAAGUUCAACGACCAAGCAAAGAAAAACCCGCCAGCCAGGGGGAGGCGGACGGUUCAUUCUUCUUCAGAGGAGGAGGAAGAAGAAGAGGAGGAGGAGUCUGAGUCUGAGGACGAAGCUCCCUCUCGGAAAAGAAAAUCACCAAAGAGGCCCCCACCCAAGGUGAAACGCCCCCCUGCAGCCAAGAAGUCGCGGAGCUCUAGUAAGUCGAAAGCUAAAGGACGGGGACGCUCCCUCGCCAAGAAGACUCCGGUCAAGAAGACUCCGGUCAAGACGUCUCCGGUCAAGAAGGCGGCGUCCUCGGCCAAGCGAGAGGGAAGGAAACCGUCGGCCGUGGCGAAGGAUCCCACGCCGCCCCCUAAAGCCGCGCCAGCCAAGAAAGCUCCCGCUGCAAAACGGCCCAGAGCGCCGGCCGCCAGGAAGCCGACCAAACGGGGGGCCAAGCGGCCGGCGUCGAGGGAGUCGUCCCCCGAGGAGGCCGUCGUCGCCAAGGAAACGACGACGAGCGGGUCCAAGCGGUCAAAAACCGAGGACUCCCGCCCCGAGAGGCCCGCGGGUGGAAAGGCGGCGGCCAAAGGGGGGGCCAGGCGCUCCGCGCCCGCAAAGACAACGCCGCUGAAAGCAGCGGUCAAAAAGGAGGCGGGGAGGAAGACGUCCGCUCGCAGGUCCAAGAGGGGGAAAUACUGAGGCGCUUUGUUUGGCUCCCUCGUUAAACAGGGCCGUAGUUUUCUUUCUUUUUGAUUGGUUGUUUCUAUUGUAGAAUAAGAACGUUCUCCUUCCCAGUUUUGACUGUACACUGAAAGCUCUUGGAUAUUUUUAUUUUUUUCCGUUUUUGAACCACGGUGUGUAGAGAAGCUCGGGUUAGCCGUCAAACAGAUGUGUGACCAGCUGCCAGGAUGGCGAGGUCCCCCCCAGACUGCGACUAGAGCCGUGUAGUGACCUCCGUUUUUAUACCCCGCUCUUCACCUGUUGGCAGCACACGUUCCUAAAAUCAAAUCAAAAAUGUCCUUUUUAAUUAAUUUAUAUGGGUUUGAAAAGUUAAUGGUUCCUAAUAUUUUAUAAAACAGAUUUAGGGGAUAAAACAAUGUUUUAUUGUAAUUUGAAUUGUUAUCCAUCCUUUUUAAUUAUGAAUUAUUGUUUACAUAAUUUGAUUUAGCAUAAAAGAAAUUCCCUUAGAAAAUAUUUUGCCUGCAGCUGACAGGUUGAUGACUUAAAGUAGAAAACAUUGUUAGAAUUAAUUUUAAACACUUAAGGGGAAAAUGUCUUUUUUGAUACGUGUCUAUAUUAAGCAAGAACAUUUUAUUGCUUCACAGCUGCAAGAGAUGUGUUAAUAAGAAAAAGGAGGAUAAUACCCUGCAUGCAUGUAAUCCUUGUGUUGUUAAGCUUUUUUUCCCAGGUCAUUAAUAAAAUGGCUAUAUUUGUAAA